UUUACAGGUGUGUAACAAAUUGUCUACGGGGAAGACGCAUACGAACACGGAUGUUGUAUUUAAAGACUUAUAGUUGUAUUUUUAUCCGUGAAAUGUACUGUUAGACACGAUAUUCAUGCUUGGUGGUUUCAAUACAAAUAUUCUGGUUUUGUUCUUGAAGGUAUUUUAUAGGUAAAGUUAUUAUGUGCCAAUAUGAAGGCUAAAAAGUUAAAGCAAAGAUCACCAUCUCUGAAUGUCGAAUCUUCGGCAGCCGAACAUACUGGUGCCAACGAUAAAAUGAUACAGAUGGUUGCUGUAUACAGAGAAGAUGGUGGGAUAAAGGCAUUCGUUCCGGUAGAUAGCAGAGAGAGUAAAAUGGAGGAGCCCAUGGAAAGCUCUUCUGAUGAGUUGUGUUCUAUGAUGGGCAGAAGUGCUAGCAACGCUGGCUCAACCGGAUGGAUAAGUCAAACUAUUGCGAAAUUUAACAAAGAGAGUGCAAGAGAUAGUUCUAAACAAAGGCAACAAUCAAAUUUAUCUCCUAAGUCACAUGGUAAAAAUGCUCUAGGGGUAGAUGGGAAAACGGAGACAAACAAUACAGAUAUAUUCAAAGACUUGCAAAGUGAUGACGAAUUCCGUGAAGGUAAAACAGCGGAUCGUCACAUUCAGAAUGAUAUAUCCGGUUCGCAAACCGGAUCAAUACCAGUGACCCCUAGAUCGGAAAAGACGGCAAUGGAAGACAUGGAGGCUGAUGAACAAUUGAGUAUGUGCAGCAAGAGUGUUAUUGAAGAUAUGAUGAAUAAUACUGUUGCCGCUAAGUUGUCUGAAUGUAUGGAGAAAUGCGAAGAUGAGAUACGCGCUGCACGCUCUGAGCAAGAGCAUCUUCUCCGUCAAGUUACGGAUGAUGUAAUGAAGAAGGUUGAUGACCGUAUAAAAGACAUGUGUUCUAAGCUGGAGCAAAGUUUCGCCGGGUUUGUUAAGCAAAAUAACGCAGACUUAAAUGUUGAGGAUCAUAUAAAGGACGCUAUUGAAGAGGCCAAGACGGAGAUGCAAGAGACAAUACAGCAGGAUGUUGAAGCUAAGAUUGAGAGGAUGGUAUCCAACAUUAACGAAACCAUACAACCUCAAGCUUCUGCUAUAGAGAAGAAAUUGGAAGAUGCUCUUAUGGUUGUUAGCGUAAAUGAAUCAAUCGUCAACUCUAUGCCUGAGACUAUUUUGCAAAAGCUUGAAUCAAAGGUACAUGAACUCAUUGGUGAUCAUGAGACAGAGGCUGUUGAGUUCCAGGAGAGUGUUAAGUUAGAAAUUGAUGAAUGUAAGUCCAAAGGUGUGGAAUACGACCAGAGGCUUGAUGAGCUUGUACGUAGACUUGAUACCUUGCAAAGCAAUCUUGAGGCCAUAGCAUCAAAAUUGGAUGAAUGUUCAACCAAAUUGAUGACUGAAUUGGAAACCAAGAUGGAUACUAAAUUGGUCAAUGUGGUAAGUAAGGAUGAUUUGGGUAGCGUCCUUGACAAUGCCAAGGCGGUGAGUGCAGAAGCAGAGACCAAGGCCAUUGCUACAGCUGCUCAAGAAUGUGAUGAAAAGCUUGGGGUAUGGGCCAUGGAUAUGGAAGACAAGAUGUCGCAAGAUUUUUAUAGGAUAGUUGAGGAGAGGGUACAGGAACUCGGUGCUACGUUGCUUAAGCAAUUGGCCAAUACUAUAGAACAGAAGUUCCGUGAAUUUGGUGAUACAGUAAAUGACGAUGAAUGUCAGAAAGAUCAAUCGUCAGAGUCUGCUAUCAUAUCUCCCAUGUCAACAGAUGCCUAUAGUUUCGUUAAAUCACUAAGAAAGACCAUUCAGGUGGAAAUCGAGCAUGUGUUAUCUCCUAUUACUAAGUCAUUUGAUAGUGAUGCCAUAACAGUGCCUGAAACAGAAUCUUCUACUGUUGGAACGGAUACUUCCGGCGGAUUAGAUUCCCUCAUUAAAAGGUUUAACCAUGUGGUUCAAAAAUGUCGUGAGGAGAUGAAGGGUGCUGUUGAAGUAACUCGAAGGUUAGAAGAACUCAACAAGAUUGCAGCCGGUGCAAUGGCGGAUAUCAAGGAAUAUACCCAGAGAACCUCCAGCAGCAAAGAAAGUGUCUUGAAUACUGACAACAUGAAGGAAUGUAAAGAGGCGCUUACGGGUAAUGUUUCAGCCCCCAAGGAGGUUUCCAAAAUACUGAUUGACGGUGUACGCAGUAUUUCUGAAGACGUGUUUUGUAACGUUCAUUCGUCACCCAAACUUAUACAAGCUCCAAAUUAUAUUGGCACUAUGGCUGUAGAUUCCAAUGAUCCUCCUAAACAUAAUAUGGGCCAUGAUUGUGCUGGCAAAGGUAAUAAGCCCACAGUUAUUAGUGAAUAUACAGUACCUAUGUUGCGUCCCAGUGGUUCUACUACUCGUUGUACGACGUUACCGAUGGAUAUGCUACGCAAUGCUGACAGUAUCAAACAUGCUCAUUUUGAUUAUGAGAAUACUUUUAGGGAGCCUUCAAGUCCUGUGGAAGUUAAGUAUGUGAAUGUAAACGGUCAGAUUAUGAAGGUAACACAGGAACACUUCAAGCUGAGCCAAAUCGGUCAGAGACCUGUUAUGCAUAACCCUCAAUGCGGUUACCACAUAGCCAACCAUCGCAAUCCGCCCACUCAUUUCCAAUAACAUAUUCUAAAUUGCGCUU